AUGGGAAGAGUUGUUCCUUCUUUUCGUACGCUCACAACGUUAGUGGGAGUCGGAUCUGUUGCUACAGCCAUCUAUUUGUCUGAUGCUAGAGCAAGCGGCUACGAGUAUGGCGUUUUGCCGUUGACUCGCGCUACUUUCGACGGCGAAGAAUCCCAUAAACAGGCCGUGAAGCUUAUGCGUUUCCCUUUUCUCAAUCCUUCGUUGCCAAAAAACUGGCUCAAAAAUGUCGAUCCUAACGGUCUUUUAAGAGUAACGCUAUUUGAAAACUCGCCUAACCCCAAAGUCAAACCGCUGCGAUUGUCCACUCCGGUCGGAGUCGCUGCUGGCCUGGACAAAAAUGGUGAAGCUAUUGACACUCUAUUCCAAAUCGGGUUCUCUUGGGUCGAGGUCGGCUCAGUCACUCCUCUUCCCCAGCCCGGAAACCCUCAGCCUCGAGUGUUCCGUCUGCCCGAGGACAAAGCCAUUAUUAACCGUUACGGAUUCAAUAGUGAUGGCCAUGCUGAGGUUUUGGCCCGUCUCAAAAUCCGUGCAGCUAAAGGUAUCGUUCAAAAGCCAGGUCAAGUGCUUGCCUUGAAUCUGGGUAAGAAUAAGACCGGUGACGAGGUCCAGGAUUAUGUGCGAGGUGUUCGUACUUUUGGGCCUUAUGCUGAUGCCCUUGUAGUGAACGUCUCGAGCCCUAAUACGCCGGGUCUUCGCGACCUCCAGGCGGACGACAAACUUAAGAGCUUGCUGGUGAGAUUAGUGGAGGAACGUAAUAAGCUGAAGCUCGACGCCCUACCUCCGCUAGUGGUUAAGAUCGCUCCAGACCUGCAGGAGGCACAGGUCAAGGCGAUGGGUUUGGCGAUCAAAGAGUCCAACGUCGACGGCGUCAUUGUUGGUAACACCACCAUCACAAGAGAUAACCUCAAAAACACUGUUCAUAAUAAUGAGGUUGGCGGGUUGAGUGGGCCCCCUGUGAAGCCUCUCGAGCUUAAAGUGCUCCAGACCCUCCGGGAAACUGUUGGUCCCGAGUUGACAAUUAUAGGCUGUGGUGGUAUCAGCAAUGGCAAAGAUGCCCUUGAAUUUGCUCAAUCAGGUGCCAACUUUGUCCAGCUUUACACUAGCUUUGCUUACCGUGGCCCUGGCACUCCGUCUCUGGUCUGCGAGGACCUGCUCAAACAACUCGGAAGUCGAUCCUGGAAACAGGUUUCCGGUCAAAUCCGUCAAUAA